AUGGAUGAUCUUCAUGAAAAUGAAUUUCUACGAUGGAAGGAAGAGGAUAAGGUUUACAGUGAAAACCACAGUUUCAGUGCAAUACUGGAUAAAGUCCGAAAGCAACCUUUUAUGACAUUUGUUGGUGUCCCAGGAUCAGGAAAAUUGGCAACAAUUCAUCACAUAGCCCUGAUACUCCAGAGGGAAGGAUACGAGGUUGUACCAAUUAUGGAUAUCAGAAAGAUUGAAGAUUAUUGCAACUCUCAUAAACCACAGGUUUUUGUCAUUGAUGAUGUGGUAGGGGUCUUUGGUCUUCAAAAACAAAAGUUAGAUUCAUUGAUAAACUAUAAAACAAGAAUUUCGUAUCCUUACAAUAAAAAUACAAAGGUACUAAUGUCAUGUCGGGAAACAGUGUUUAAGAAAUGUUACAAAUCAUUUUUCUCAAAUGAUCAAAACGUAAUUAAAAUGCAAAGUUCAGAACAUGCAUUGGACUGUGGAGACAAAAAAGCAAUUCUUCAGAAACACGGCUUGGAUAGAAAUUUGUUGUCUCCUCCAUUACUGAGAAAAUCAUCGGAUAUGUUUCCUGUGUUGUGUAAAAUAUACUCAAAAGGUGUGAAGGAAGUUAGAAACAAUUUUGAGAGGUUUUUUACUUGCCCUGCUGAAUUUCUUUUAGAGGAAUUUGACAAAAUGCUACGGAGAAAGAAUUUAUGCUAUGCAACAUUGGUCUUGUGCAUGUUAAAUAACAAUAAACUAUCAACUGAAAUAUUGCUAAACACUGAGAACAACGUUUUCUGUGAAAUGAAAUCAAGAGUACUAAAAUGUUGUGAAGUUGAAAGUUACACUGCUGCAUUUGAAGUUGAUACAGCAUUGUCAGCAAUGAAUGGGACUUACACAAAACUAUGUGGUACUGAGUAUACAAUUAUUCAUGACACUGUGUUUGAAAUCCUUGCAUAUCAUUUUGGUUCUCAGUUUCCAGAUGUGAUUUUACAAUAUAUCAGCAGUAGUUACAUUGCUAAUAACGUAAAAGUACAAGAAUGUGGAGAAGAGCAUGAAGUAUCAAGUAAUGAAGAAAGCCAGGAUUCUUUUUAUCUCUUUAUAAGGUUAAGAGAGGACCAGUAUCCGAUGUUAGCGGAGCGUUUGUACAGAGAUAUAGAAAAUAUGGAACUAUAUGAUGUUUUUAUGAACAAUGUUUUAAAACAGCGUAAAGUAUGCCAGGCUUUUAUCGAGGUGUUAAAAACAAAGUCUUACACAGAAGUAAAGUCUUUAUUUCUGUCAGAAAAGAAAGACGUGUCUAACGUGGUGAGUAAAGUAGAUUGGGUUGCAGAUGUGUGUGAGGAGAGGGAAGAGAGGAGCUGGGAGUGGCGCAGACAGGAGGUGCAGCUGAAUGAGAGGGAAAUAUCAGAUACAGAAACAGUAUACACCGCGAGAGUUAUCAGUUGGGUGGUUUACUAUGGACACAGUCAGAUCCUAAAAUAUAUCUUUGAAAAAACUGAAGAACACAAAGAAACGGAGACUGAACUAUUCUGGAAUUCCUUGAGCCCCAAAAUAAGCUGUGAAACAAAACAGCGAGAAAAAAAAGGUGAAACAAAUAAUGCAACAGACAAAUUAGGUUUAUCGAAUUCUAUUAGUGAUACAAGAUAUAAAAAGCAGGACAAUAGAAGAUUUGAUGCUGAACAACGCCGCCUACUUGUAUUAAGUUGUUACAGUGGAAAUUUAGAUAUUGUAAGAAUACUUAUUAAGUAUGUCGAUAUAAAAAAUGCGAACAAGAAAAUGCAAUAUGAAAUGUUAUAUGAUACACCGCUAACAGCAGCAUGUAAGGGUGGACAUAAGAGUGUAGUGAAGGAGCUACUAGAAGCUGGAGCUGAUAUCAAUCAAGAAGGUGAGUAUAAUACCCCACUGACAGCAGCAUGUGAGGGUGGUUAUAUGAGUGUAGUGAAGGAGCUACUAGAAGCUGGAGCUGAUAUCAAUCCACAAGGUUUGUAUAGUACACCAUUGACAUCAGCAUGUGAGGGUGGACAUAUUGGUGUAGUGAAGGAGCUAGUUAAAGCUGGAGCUGAUAUCAAUCCACAAGGUCGGUACGCUACACCACUAACAACUGCAUGUGAGGCUGGACAUAUUUGUGUAGUGAAGGAGCUACUUAAAGCUGGAGCUAAUAUCAAUCCACAAGGUUUGUAUAAUACACCACUAACAGCAGCAUGUGAGGGUGGACAUAUGAGUGUAGUGAGGGAGCUACUAAAAGCUGGAGCUGAUAUCAAUCCACAAGGUCGGUAUGCUACACCACUAAUAGCAGCAUGUGGGGGUGGACAUAUGAGUAUAGUGAAGGAGCUACUAGAAGCUGGAGCUGAUAUCAACCAAGAGGGUGAGUAUAAUACACCACUAAUAGCAGCAUGUGAGGGUGGACAUAUGAGUAUAGUGAGUGGGCUCCUAAAAGCUGGAGCUGAUAUCAAUCCACAAGGUCAGUAUUCUACACCACUAAAAGCAGCAUGUGAGGGUGGACAUAUGAGUAUAGUGAGGGAGCUACUAAAAGCUGGAGCUGAUAUCAAUCCACAAGGUCGGUAUGCUACACCACUAAUAGCAGCAUGUGAGGGUGGACAUAUGAGUAUAAUGAGGGAGCUACUAAAAGCUGGAGCUGAUAUCAAUCAAGAAGGUGAGUAUAAUACCCCACUGACAGCAGCAUGUGAGGGUGGUUAUAUGAGUGUAGUGAAGGAGCUACUAAAAGCUGGAGCUGAUAUCAAUCAAGAAGGUAAGUAUAAUACACCACUAACAGCAGCAUGUAAGGGUGGACAUUUGAAUGUAGUGAGGGAGCUUUUAGAAGCUGGAGUUGAUAUCGAUGCACAAGGUCAGUGUGCUACACCACUAACAGCAGCAUGUAGGGGUGGACAUUUGAGUGUAGUGAGGGAGCUACUAAAAGCUGGAGCUGAUAUCAAUCCACAAGGUCGGUAUGCUACACCACUAAUAGCAGCAUGUGGGGGUGGACAUAUGAGUAUAGUGAAGGAGCUACUAGAAGCUGGAGCUGAUAUCAACCAAGAGGGUGAGUAUAAUACACCACUAAUAGCAGCAUGUGAGGGUGGACAUAUGAGUAUAGUGAGUGGGCUCCUAAAAGCUGGAGCUGAUAUCAAUCCACAAGGUCAGUAUUCUACACCACUAAAAGCAGCUUGUGAGGGUGGACAUAUGAGUAUAGUGAGGGAGCUACUAAAAGCUGGAGCUGAUAUCAAUCCACAAGGUCGGUAUGCUACACCACUAAUAGCAGCAUGUGAGGGUGGACAUAUGAGUAUAAUGAGGGAGCUACUAAAAGCUGGAGCUGAUAUCAAUCAAGAAGGUGAGUAUAAUACCCCACUGACAGCAGCAUGUGAGGGUGGUUAUAUGAGUGUAGUGAAGGAGCUACUAAAAGCUGGAGCUGAUAUCAAUCAAGAAGGUAAGUAUAAUACACCACUAACAGCAGCAUGUAAGGGUGGACAUUUGAAUGUAGUGAGGGAGCUUUUAGAAGCUGGAGUUGAUAUCGAUGCACAAGGUCAGUGUGCUACACCACUAACAGCAGCAUGUAGGGGUGGACAUUUGAGUGUAGUGAGGGAGCUACUAAAAGCUGGAGCUGAUAUCAAUCAAGGAAUUGAGUAUAAUACCCCACUGACAGCAGCACGUGAGGGUGGACAUAUGAGUGUAGUGAAGGAGCUACUUAAUGCUGGAGCUGACAUCAAUCCACAAGGUCGGUAUGCUACACCACUAACAGCAGCAUGUAGGGGUGGACAUGUGAGUGUAGUGAAGGAGCUACUAGAAGCAGGAGCUGAUAUCAAUCCACAAGGUCAGUAUUCUACACCACUAAAAGCAGCAUGUGAGGGUGGACAUAUGAGUAUAGUGAGGGAGCUACUAAAAGCUGGAGCUGAUAUCAAUCCACAAGGUGAGUAUAAUACCCCACUGACAGCAGCAUGUGAGGGUGGUUAUAUGAGUGUAGUGAAGGAGCUACUAAAAGCUGGAGCUGAUAUCAAUCAAGAAGGUAAGUAUAAUACACCACUAACAGCAGCAUGUAAGGGUGGACAUUUGAAUGUAGUGAGGGAGCUUUUAGAAGCUGGAGUUGAUAUCGAUGCACAAGGUCAGUGUGCUACACCACUAACAGCAGCAUGUAGGGGUGGACAUUUGAGUGUAGUGAGGGAGCUACUAAAAGCUGGAGCUGAUAUCAAUCAAGAAAUUGAGUAUAAUACCCCACUGACAGCAGCACGUGAGGGUGGACAUAUGAGUGUAGUGAAGGAGCUACUAGAAGCUGGAGCUAAUAUCAAUCAAGAAGGUGAGUAUAAUACCCCACUGACAGCAGCACGUGAGGGUGGACGUAUGAGUGUAGUGAAGGAGCUACUAGAAGCUGGAGCUUAUAUCAAUCAAGAAGGUGAGUAUAAUACCCCACUGACAGCAGCACGUGAGGGUGGACAUAUGAGUGUAGUGAAGGAGCUACUAGAAGCUGGAGCUGAUAUCAAUCAAGAAGGAAAGUAUAAUAUCCCACUAACAGCAACACGUGAGGGUGGACAUAUCAAUGUAUUGAAGAUGCUUUUAGAGGCUGGAGCUGAUAACGAUCCACAAUAUGGAGUUUUAAAAACGACUGACAACAUUAUCAAGGGAUGACCAUAUGAGUGUAGUUUUACAGGCUGGGGCUUAUAUUAAUCAACAAGAAUCUUGGGCCAAUAAAAGUUGGUCUGAUACAACUUUGACAUGUGAAGUUGGUUUGUAGUGAAGGAAUAAG